GUAGACAAACAAGCAAACACCUCAGUGAUGACGGUCCUUAACGUGGCUGAAUAGAGACAUCUUCUUGUCUGCGCUUAAAAGAGGCAGCAGGGCACCGAGCCGAGGCUCCGUGGUGCUGAAAGGACAGCUCCCCCGCUUUCUGACAGCUGCAGAUAUGUUCACCCGGAUGUUAAAGCUGAGACUGCUUAAUGCUGUAGCGCCUGCGUACUUCUUUGCAGCUACAACAGCUACAUUUAUUUUACACUUUUGCCUCUUCAUCCCGACAAUCUUCCCCAACCCAGACACGUCGCUGAGGAGCUCCUCAGCCCUUCACACAACGGUUUUCCUUUUCCUGAUGUUUAACGCUUUGGGGAAUUACAUAAUGACAAUCAAAUAUCCGGCCGAGAGUGACAACGAGAUUGCGAUUCCCGUGUGUUCGCCACGUUGCUCGGACAAAGUUGAUUCCCACUACCUCCUUAAUGGCCGUCAUUUCUGCAAACUGUGCAGGAAGGUCAUUUUCAGGAGGGAUCACCACUGUUUUUUCACUGGAAACUGCAUCGGCAACAAGAACAUGCGUUACUUCAUCAUGUUCUGCAUCUACACAUCAUGCGUAUGCAUGUAUUCUUUGGUUCUUGGCGUGGCCUUCCUGACAGUCGAGUACUCCAUCUCCUUUGAGAACCCUCUGACCUUCCUGACCCUCCUACCUCUGUCCACCGCCUACUUCUUCAUGGGCACAAUCUCCGGCCUGCAGCUGUUCCUAGUGCUGAUGCUCUACGUAUGGUUGGGCAUUGGCUUGGUGUGUGCAGGUUUCUGCUGCCAGCAGGUGCUGCUGGUGGCCCGGGGGCAGACCUGGUGUCAGAUGCAGAGAGGGGAGCUGGUGGAUAACCGCAGCCCCUGGAGAGCAAAUCUCAAGGAUGUGUUUGGCGCCCGCUGGAUCCUUGGUCUUAUUCUGCCUGUGCAAACAGUGGAGAUGUACUCUGAAGACACAGAUGGACUCAAGCAAGACUGACAGUUGUCCAUUUGUCUCAGUAAGAGCCACUCUUAGGUCAACCAGUUGUUCAUUUUGCAGAAAAUAGUUUUUCGGCAUUUACUGUAGGUGGAAAUUAAGUUUUAAUCUGUAUGGAUGCUUUACGAUGUUUGAAAUUUACAAUAAGAUAGCUGAUAGUUUCAUCCUCUUACAGGUAGGAACCUUAUAAGCAAUGUGAAAUAAGUGCUUAGUAUAAAUGUUUAUUCUUAAAAAGGCAUUUCUAAAGGCAAUAUUAGGAACAAUGAGUUAUGUUGUACCUUCCUCCAGAGUCUGGAAAACCGAUCAUCAUCGGUUUACAUCCAAUCAGUAGUCUAUACAGCAUCCUUUACUAAGGCAACAUAUCCGUAGCCUUAGUAAAGAUGUGUAAAAAGGCCUUAAAAUAAAUACAGCUUUUAUUGCAAUAGCAUAAUCCUAUUCUGAAUAUUUAAGAUAAAUGCAACCCGUCCUCUCAACCAUGCCAUAAGAUUUAUUUUGUAUCCGGUUAGUGAUUAUGCAGUUUUUCCUAUGAAGCCUUUCACCUUGUCAGGGUUGCCAGGGUCUUUGGAAGCGAUAUAGGCCUGCAGCACCACAGACACUUAAUCAGAGGAACAGACGCUUGUCCACAUAUUUUGUUUCAAACCCAUGCUUGUUACAAAAGACUCCAUCUUAAGGACAUGGAUCCUUUAAACUCUCUGUAAUCUUUAAUGAAGCUGAGGUAUUGAUAUUUGUAAAUGUCAAGACAGAAAAAGUAAAUUCCUAGAUUACAUCCCAAAUUUCCGUGUUAAAGUGUUUGUGUUGUUUACAGUUUUCAAGUAGCCACUUCCUGACUGAAGCUCUGCACAUGUCUGCCUUACAUGAAUGGCAUAUUUUUUGUUGUCUUUCCUAUUCUGAAUAGAUGAGAGAAGUGAUAGUAUGUAAACAUUUUUCCCCAAAAAAGGAAAAAAGUGCCACAUCUGUAGUUUUAUUAGUUCUAGAUACAUGAUCUCCCUUCAAAUAAUAACUUUACUAAAUGUUUAAUGUGCUGUGACUCAAGGCCUCACUUUUACACAUCUCUUUUUGGCAUUAAAAUAAGCGAGGUGGGUGCUGUGCUCUACAACAAGCAGGUUUCAAAGCAAUAUUAUGUGUUUGCAUUAGGACACCCAGGUGGCUAUGCUUGCCUUUAAAGCUUUGUGCUGUGUAACUGCCAGUACCAUGCAGUGUUCUGAGAUUAUCUUUCCUAACCCUAAUUUGAUUCUACAGUUUGACAUUCAGGAAACCAGGGACAGUUUUCACUGUUAAAUUAAGGGCUAACAGAUGAAGAAAGAGUUAAUCGGCAGCAUAAACAGCCAGACUCCACAGGACUGCUUAAGUUGAGCCUGGGGACAUUUUCUACUCACACUAAUGUUUUUCUGAAUGAAAAUUGUUGAAGGAAAUGGAGAUAAUAAUAUCCAGGGUAUUAUUCACAAUGUGCCAUGCUUAUAGGCGAAGAUUUGGUAUCUUCUUCCUCUGCUAAUGACAGGAUAAGUCGCAUUAGAACAGGAUUUUAUUCCCCGUUUCUGAUGCGUCUACAGCUGCUUAGUCAAAAGUUGAGGGCGUUUUGGUAUUCAAGGAUAAUUCUGGAGACAAUGUUGCCUAUUUGUGUAUUGCAAUAAAGGUUUAACUGAUUUAAAACCACAACAAGCGGCUACUUUUUUCACUUUUAUGAAUGACACAUCCUUAGCUAGAAAAAUAACAAGAGGAAAUGAUCUCAAACAGUUUAACACUUGACAAAGACAAAACAGAAUGCUCAAGUCACAAAACCAAGCAACAGCAGAGUAAAAAAAGAAAACCCCAUCCUCUUAACUUUAAAUAUCAUCAAUAUCUUGCCAAAAACCAAUGAUUAAUUAAAGAUUUAAACAGAAUUACAAUUAAGGUUUUUAACGACUGUAAAUUUCAAAUAUGAAGGUUUUCACAAUAUAAAGCAACUCAGAAGUAACAUCUCAGUAGAUCAUCCAAAAACAAAUCUUUGGAGUCCUUUGAGUACAUUCAACUUCCCUCCACAUGAUAAAAAAGAUUUACAACACUAAGCUGAAAAUCUAAGCACAGAAAUAUGAAGCACAAACAUGAAUAGACUUAAAAAGGCACAGGCAUUAAGAUAAAUAUUUAGAUUCACAUUAUUUCUUCGAUACACAAUACUCAAGUGAAUAAAUCUGGGACCAAAGUGCAAGUCUAAAAGCUGUCAUGUUUUUUUGCCAGAAAACCUUUUAUAUCAAGAUUUAUAAAGCAAACAUUUACAGAAAGAAUAGAGAUGGCAACAAAAGAUCUAAAAUCUAAACAAUCAUAUGGCUGCAGCACUUUCAUUGCUACAUUUCUGUUCAGUAUCAACAGUUAUUUAAAAAAAGAAAGAAAAAGAAGAUGGAGUAAAUUUCACCAUGAAACUGGCAAACAUCUCCAUGUCACUUCUUAAGAUUAUUCACAACUCUUCCUUAAAUUUUUGGUCACACAGUUAUGAGGAAUAAAUAAUACCAACAGUAUUAUGUUUAAAACGUGAGGGGGAAAAAAAACAAACAAAAAAAAAACACACAUUUUACUAUCAUCCACUGAUGUUUUCUUGGUAAAUAAACCAUGAUGGGAAAAGAACCAAAAUAGUGGCAGAAAUAAGCCGAUGAAAUUAUCAAAUGCAUAAUAAAGACGAAACUUGAUGAACCAAUUUAGUGUCAGAAAAAUAAAUGCAGUCACUAAUUAAAAUUAGAAGUGACUGAAUAGUUUUUGUAACAAAGGUGAUCAGUGUCACCAUUUUCAAACUUACAAAGGUUUCCAAGAAUAAAGAAACUUUAUAUUUGGUUUUCAAUGAGCUGCUGAGGGAAACUCCCUUGGUAACCAAUCAUCAUCAGAAUCCCUCACUAAACUCAACCUCCAAUAGUUAAAGAUAAAAUUGUUAUGCGUUUAAAGUAACAAAAUUCCAUGAAUUUUUGAAGUUGGAAAUUUUCCUUGGGAGUAAAUGAAAAGAAACGAGCAAUUUUAAAUACUUAAGGUUGGUGUUCAUGGAUUCCAGAUGUAGCUUGGAAAAUCACAAAAAAAAAAACAAACAUAUUUCAUACAAGUAGACCUACACAUAUCAAAGCUAUUCCAGUCACAUACUCUGCUUAUUAAAGGGUAAAAUGACCACAUCCUCUACAUGCAUUUUGCAUUCCUCCAUCACAUGCACAGAUGAUUUCUACAACCUGGACGGCUGACAUUUGUCAGUGAAGAAUUUGAGGACAGGGUGACUAAAUGCAGCCUGAAAAAUCUGAGCAAGGAGAUUUUUACUGUCCAUGCUUUCAAUUACAAAAAGGAAACCAUGCUUGAUAACAAUAUUUAUUAUUUUUGGAGUAUGGUGUCAUUUCAGCUUGUUUAAAGGCAGGGGGUAGGCUUUUAAAAAUCUGUUUGAUGUUUAACGAAAUAAUUAAUUGUUCCAUGAAAGGAAUUAAAACCUGAUGAGACAUAUUGCUUGAAAAUGCAAAGCUUUGCAAUUGUAAAAUUUAUUGAAUUUGUCAUCUGUUCAUGGUAAAACCAAAUGUUUAUGCUAGUAUUUGGAAAUGAUGUGAGAGAAAACUGUCAAGUUUUUAAAUUAGGUUAUCGCUUAAACUCGCAUGAAGUUUCUGAGAAUUUUCUACCGCUUUAUAACCUUAAUUGUCAGGUAUUAAGUCUGCCACUCAAAUGUGGUUUCUAUGUACCUUUUUUAUUUUUAAUCACAGUCUAUUUAAAGUGCACAGCUUGAAAAACAAUAUACAAGUUAUUCAAAUUUUAGUCAUCGCAUGACUAAUUGGAGUCAUAUUGACUCCAUUUGAUAAGCUAUUUUUUGGACAACGUGUCUGUCGUCAAGUAAAACAGAUACAGCUGUGUACCUCAAGUUAUUUCUGAGCAAGUUAAGCAGGACACAAUCAAUAUUAACAUAGCCCAUGUAAUACUAAUUACAUGUUGCAUGUUAUUUUCCUGCAAUUAAAGUUACUGAGGCAUUUUACCAACUUGCUGUUAUAUCAGGGACAAAACAAAAUAAAAGAAAA